GCAGAAGCCCUGGAGAGGAUGUUCUGCGCCUUCCCCCAGACCAAGACCUACUUCCCCCACUUCGACCUGCAACACGGCUCUGCUCAGGUCAAGGCGCACGGCAAGAAGGUGGCCGCUGCACUGGUCGAGGCUGCCAACCACAUCGAUGACAUCGCGGGUGCCCUCGCCAAGCUCAGUGACCUCCACGCCCAAAAACUCCGCGUGGACCCUGUCAACUUCAAAUUUCUGGGCCAUUGCUUCCUGGUGGUGGUGGCUGCCCACCACCCUGCUGCCCUGACCCCGGAGGUCCACGCUUCCCUGGACAAGUUCCUGUGUGCCGUGGGCAACGUGCUGACUGCCAAGUACCGUUAAGAUGGCACCACGGCUAGAGCUGGACCCAACCCACUGCUAGCCCUCUGACAACAAGCAGCCAAAUGAUCUGAAAUAAAAUCUGUUGCAUUUGUGCUCCA